AUGCCGGGCUCCGCAGGCAAUGAACAGAUCAUUGCGUACGAUAGUGACGGCGAUGGGGCUGCCGGGGGGAGGGUGGCGCCGCACCGCGCGGUUGCCAAACGAGCUGAGGUGGUUUUGAUGCAGCAGCAAAGUUUUCGCUCGGUGGGUGGCCGGGAGGAGGGAAGGCGACAGCUGACGGGGCUCGGCGAGGCGUACGGUGAGCUCUGCCGUGGCGCACCGCUGUCCGUGUGGGUGGUGGCCCCUGCGUGCGCGCCGCGCGGCGCGGGCGAGGGCAGCAAAAAGGAAACCCCCACCACUGCGGUUCUGCGGACUCCUGAGAAAAGACGAAGCGCAUGCGAUGGUGGAAUUCUCGUGCCAACUCCAAAAACGGGCGGUGGUGUCUGUGGCUACCGCUCCCCAUUGCCGAGAAAGACGUUUCCCCCGUCGAUUCUUUCCGCCCCCUCGCCGGUUUCUCCCUGCAAGGGAAGCCCGUUGGGCAGUGAGGGGUCAGCAGCGAAGAGCGGCUGCGCCAGCUCCAGAGCGGCGGAGUCGCAACCGUUGACCCCGGAUGCUUCGACCACAACGUCGCUGCUUUCACAGGCAGAGCGUAGCGCGGCGGAGUUGCUUGCGCACGACAUAGAUAGCGUUGCACGGGAAUGCUGGCGUGAGAGCCAACAACAGCUUUCGCCAUCUGCCAUAUAUGCAGAGGACGACAGACUGGCGGCUUUCGCUGCGGCGGCAAAUACGACGUCCUCCAAUGGCGAAAGAAAACGUAAGCGCCAUUGUGGGGUGCGCGACAGCGUGCCCCCCGGGAGUUUUGUCGACGGCACCGCCCGGUGCCUGCAAUUUGAACCGGACAGUUGUUCCGUGCGGCCGUUGCGGCCAUCCGUGUCCGGGAUGGUACAACAACAUUUCAACAAACUAACACAGCAGCGAUUGGCUCUCCAGUGCUUCACGCUGCCUUACUAA